GUUCUCGCGGAGCCAAACGUGGGUCGCAAGAAGCUGGCGAGGAUGAUGAUGAUGAUGAUGACACGAAGGAUUUAGGAGGCAAUAAAGCAGCGCAAGGGUCAUCGAAGGCUCCAGCGCCGAAAAGAGCUAAAAAGGCUCCAGCUAACAAAGAGCCAGAGAGUGAUGGACCAUCAGAAAGUGAAGAUGAUUUUACAAUCAAAUCAAGUAGUAAGGCACCUAUACCUGCGAAGAAAUCAACUAAAACUAAAGACUUAAGUGAUAGUGAUAGUGAUGAAGUAAAAGUGAUUAGUUCCAAGAAAAAGGCGGUACCUGCACCAAAGAAGACAGUAGCUAAGAAGAAACCUAAAGCAAUCGUCGAUGACGAAGAUUCGGUUGAUUCAGAAAUUGCUGCUCUUGAUUUGGAUACGGGUUCUGAAUCUGAUGGAUCAGAUGAUGACAAACCAGCGGUGAAGAAGAAAGUGGCGACAAAUGUUAAGAAGGCUAAAAAGAUCUUAUCAGAUGACGAUGAAGAUGUGGAUAUACC